ACUAUUCAGCUUUCUUAGUAAAGUUCCGGUUUGAAUUUACCGACUUUUCAAUUUUACUUAUUAUCUAAAUAGAAAUCUAAAACGUCCAAUGUGUGCCCUGUAACUCUCUACACAAAUAAUCAUUUAUUAACACAAAGUAUAGAAAGGAUUUUUGCGAAGACUACAGCAUAAAUUCAAUGAGGCUUCGAUACAGAAGAAAAGCGAUUUUGAAGUUGGGAAUAGUGGUGAUCUCACUUCUUAUUGCGGUGCCUGUGAUUGUUCAUCGCUUCGAGCGGCCUGCAGAUGAUGAAAAUCCAGAAGUGAUCAAGAAAAAACUGAGGGUUGCAAGAUACCAAGAAAAAAAACGACAGCAAAAGAAUAUCCAGAAUGUCAUGGAAAAUCCAGUCGUGGUACAGAAGGGAGGAAAAUAUGUGGUACCGGCUGAUUCGAUUCAUCCGGAACCAACACAUGGACCAGUGGCUGUACUGAAGUCAGGCGUACAAGGAAAUUUUGAACCAAACUACCCUAGCAAAAGUGGCCCAGGUGAAAAUGGACAGCCUGUAUACACGGGAAUGGAGGAGAGAACAAGGGCAGACAAAUCUGUCAGAGAAUUUGGAUUCAAUAUGAUUAACAGUGACAAAAUCUCCAUGAACAGGACCAUCCCGGACACCCGGGUGGAAGAAUGUAAAUACUGGCAGUAUCCUGAAGACCUACCGAGUGCCAGCGUCAUUCUCGUCUUCCACAACGAGGGCUGGUCUACGCUGAUGAGGACGGUGCACAGCAUCAUAGAAAUGUCUCCCAAACAGUUCCUGCAUGAGAUUGUUAUGGUGGAUGAUUUCAGUGACAAGGAGCAUUUAAAGGGGAGACUGGAGGAAUACAUAAAACAGUUUAAUGGGUUAGUCAAACUGUACAGAAACUCGGAACGCCUCGGUCUUAUUGGUACAAGGACGAGGGGUGCUGAGUUAGCCACUGGGGAUGUUAUUGUCUUUCUGGAUGCGCAUUGUGAAUGUAACAGAAACUGGCUCGUUCCACUGUUAGCAAGAAUUCGUUAUGACAGGACUAUUAUGGCUGUUCCCACUAUUGACGGCAUAGACUGGGAUAAUUUCCGCUAUCAUCCAGUCUACGGUGCUCAACAUCAUCGAGGAAUUUUUGAGUGGGGGUUUUUGUACAAAGAAAGUGCUGUACCAGAGAGGGAGCUGAAAAGGAGGAAACACAACAGUGAGCCAUACAAGUCCCCUACACAUGCUGGAGGACUGUUUGCUAUGGAUCGUAAAUAUUUUUUUGAGCUGGGAGCUUAUGACCCAGGAUUGAAAAUUUGGGGUGGUGAAAAUUUUGAGUUAUCUUUCAAGAUCUGGCAGUGUGGUGGCAGUAUUGAGUGGGUCCCUUGCUCGAGAGUCGGGCAUGUAUACAGGAAUCAUAUGCCUUAUGGAUUUGGAAAAAUCGAUGUCAAAAUUCCAGUCAUCAGUUUGAAUUACAUGCGUGUUGUGGAGGUGUGGUUAGACCGCGAACAUCGGGAAUUCUUCUACACGAGAGAACCUAGUGUUCGGGGUUACCCAAUAGGAGACGUCAGUAAACAGCUCAAGUUCAAAGAGGAACACCAUUGUAAAGAUUUCAAGUGGUUCAUGGAGAAUGUAGCGUACGAGGUCUACGACAGGUUUCCCAAGCUCCCUCCCAACAAAGCAUGGGGAGAGGUGAAGUUGAGGAAAGGUACCUCAUGCAUGGACACCAUGGGACAGGCAGUGGGGGGAGGGGCCAUUGGUCUCAGUUACUGUCAUCACUUUGGGGGCAGUCAGCUUUUCAGAAUUAAUACAAAGGGACAGAUCGGGGUCGGGGAGAGGUGCAUCGAGUCCCCGAAUGGAAACACUCUGCAUGUGGCCUACUGUGAAGUACAACCCACAGGGCCCUGGGACUAUGACGAAGCAAGUGGGGUGAUUAGGAACACUUAUCACAAUAAAUGCCUGGACGGGACGAAUGGGAAACUCUCACUUCAGUCCUGUACAGGGGAUGACACCCAGAGCUGGGCUGUCAAGGAAACCUUCUCCUGGAAGAAAUAAACAGCUUAUAUUGAUCUGGAAACAGAUCAGAAAAUGUACGCAGUACUCAAUGGACAUUCCAUAUCAUAUGUAUGUGUGUUAUUAAAUGAGAUGUGCUGCAGCUGCUUAUUGGAGGAUGGAGUGAUGUGUGACUGUGAAUGUUUACAGAGGUUGAAUUUUCAGCUUUAAUUGUCCACCUAUUUGUAAAUCAGUCCAUGAUAUGAAGAGGUAAAUCGUAAUUUCUGUGUUCCACAGUGUGGAAAUGAAUUUAUACUGAUUUAUUAUAUACCCAUCAAUAAUCCGUGUUUUGAUAUUGUUAAAUUGAUAGAGUGUGAUCCGACUUUCCGGAUCUCCACACGGUGGUGCUCUGAUUCUAAGUCCUGUCUCUCUAAAACUGAUGACGUCACAAUGCAUUAACAAACAUUUUUGUGGAAAAUGGUUAACAUUGUUACAGACAAAACUGUACACAAAAGAUAAUUUUAUUGUAUACGAUAUGUUUGCUAAUUAGGAAUAAUUCAUUAUCUUAUGAAUGUGUAUUUAAUAUAUAUAGGGGGUAUAUAAUAGAUUUAUCAAUACUAUAAUAACUUGACUCGAAGAGUUGGAUCACGUCUUGAUGACAGGCGUGGAUCAUCAGAUCAAACUUCAGAUCUCGUUUGAUCUGAUGAUACACACCUGUCAACUCGAUAUGAUCUUACUCUUCAGAUCAAGUUACUAUAGUAAUAAUAUAUAUAUAUAUCUGUUGGGUCAGCAAAACUCUUUUUUUCCAUCUUUGAAUGUAAAUGGAUUAGCAAAUACAAUUUAUACCUUAAGUCAUGUCUGAUUACAACAAAACCAAAUCCAGAUUAGGAAUCUGGGAUUUUACAUUACGGUAUACAUUCAUUCUUGAAACCAAACCUGGAUUCUGGAAUCGGUGAAUCAACCUUAAGAGAUGGUCUGAAAAUGUUUUGUUGUAAAUGAGUGGCAUAGCCUGGGGACUUUUUGGCUCAUUUUGAAAGUUCCGUCAACAAAUUCCACUGAUCGGAAACAAAACAAAUCCCAACUGGUCAUCAUGUAAUGGUAUAUCAAGAAAAUGAAAUUUACAUUUUAGGUACUGGUAUCUGAUUAUAACAUUGCAUUUGUAAAUCUGGAUUUUAGAUCUGAAUCUGGUUUUGUUGUAAUUAAAAACAAUGUAGGUUUGUCAUUAGUCUAAACAUUACGGAUAUUUAUAUGAGGUUAAUUUUUCUUUAAACCUGACUUGGAAUAAUUAACAGCUUUAUUUAUGUGAGAUCUGAGGCCAUAGUAGAUAGAUCGGACACACAAUUUUGGUUUUGUGUGUUGUUUUUUAUUUUCUUGCCAGAAUUCUUAAUUAGUGCUUAGUUUACAAUUAUUUUUUGAAUUGAGUAUUAAUUUGAUUUUUAAUAUUGAGUAGGAUUUUUGUUGUCACAAAUUGAUGCAGACUGAGAGUUCCUUUUGCUCAGUUUCUAUAAUCAUGGAACAUUUUUGAAAUUGUCCAACGAUUUUAUGUUCUACUAGAAAACUCAAAUUCCAAAUUUAAUCCUGAAUUCUGAAUUGAAACUGAAAAAAGAUUCAUUCACCCAGAAAGAAUCUCGUACCGUUUCAGAAAAAUGUUUGAAAGUCAGGUACAUCACUACAUUUAGACUACAUUCAAUCUUAAAUCCACGGGGAAAUUUUUCUCUAAUAUCUCGUACAAAUAAACAUUCUAACGAUCUUGCUGUUAACUGACCAGGUUAAGCUGGCUCUGUUUUAUAAGAGACCACUUUUUUAUGGGUACAUCGUGAUGGUAAUCCAUGAUACUAAGUAUUGUCUUUGUUUAUAGUACUUAAAACCAUUAACAUGUGUAUAUUUUAGCGGUCAAGUAUUUUUGCUGUUGCUUUGCACCACUGUGGUCACUAACUUACAUAAUAUAGAAUAUGCAAAUUGCAAAUAUGUACAUGUUUAACCAUUUUUUAAUGUUUUUAAAAAUAUGCAUAACCUCAAAUUUCAUGAGUGAUGAUUACAAACUAUUGAAUCCGAGUACAAAGUGACAUUUAUCCAGUAUUUUUACCACUCACAAUUAUCAUAGUUGGUUAGUUCAUAGAUUUUAUUGAUUUGUGGGUAAUUAUAUAAUGUCCUAUCAAAACAAUCAAAAGUUUCCAUUUACCUGUUUGUUACAGUUCUCGUUCUGAUCAAGUUGUAAGAAAUUAUCAGUUAAAACUGGGGUUUUGGUAUUCUGUGAUUUCUCUAGUCAAUUUAUUAGUAUAUUUCAUCAUCAUUGUAAUAUGUACUAAGUGUUUUUGUUUCUUUUUGUGUGUGUGUCGUGAAAGCAAUACAUGGACUUAUAUGUUCUGUACUGGGAGUUAUUUCCCUUGAAUCAGAAAAUGUAAUAAUCAGAAAACUUCUGAGGUAGGAUUUUUUGUUAAUUUUUCGAAUUUUUUUUUCUUUCUUUUUUUCCGAAAACUUGUCUUAUAAGAGAAAUAAAUUCUGCAUUGAACUAGAGAAUGUUGAAUAUUCUAUCUAUAUACUGUAAACCAACUUUUAUUAGCAACAACUUUAUUUCGCAAUUUAUCAGCGAUAAACUUGCUCAUGGUGACUAAUUUUCAUGACUGCGAUAAUCUUCAAUCAGUACAAAUGACAUUAAGGGACUGGAGAGAUGUAUGUGUAAACAAUGUUCUAGCGAACUUCGCAAAAAUUAUUGCACACAAAUAAAAGUUGGUUUACAGUAAAUAUGGAUUUUAUUUUAUUCAUAGAGAAUAUAUUCAUAUAUAUAUAUAUAUAUAUCAGAUAUUGAUUUUCAUAGAAUUUAUUGUACAUAUUGAUGUUGAAUGUCUUUUUGAUGAGAGUAUUUUCUUUCAUUUGUCUUUGUGUAGUCCGUUAAGCUAUAAUUAGUUGUUAGAUAGGUGAGGGAGAAACAAUAAAUUGUCAUCAUGGCUGACUUCCUUUUGAUAGAUAUUAAUAUCAGCAAUACAUGUAUAUUUAUUUUAAAUAUAAUCGCCUAGAUGGGUAGCUCAGUAGGUUAUCCUGUCAACUGUUGAUCUGUAGAUUGUUUUUUCAAGUCCAGCUGGAGUUUUAAUUUUGAUCAGAUUGCUUUCUAAUUAAACUGGGUAUUUUAACUAAAGAAGGUAAAUUUUAAACUUUUAAAUAUGAAAAUAUUAUUGUACAUAUCCUACACUUUCCAUCCACAUCAGAUUUCUCUGGUGUGUUAUUCCUCCUUAAGGUGUCAGAAGUGUUUGACAGUUCAGAUUCUUCCUCCUUAAGGUGUCAGAAGUGUUUGACAGUUCAGAUUCUUCCUCCUUAAGGUGUCAGAAGUGUUUGACAGUUCAGAUUCUUCCUCCUUAAGGUGUCAGAAGUGUUUGACAGUUCAGAUUCUUCCUCCUUAAGGUGUCAGAAGUGUUUGAUAGCUCUUUCUUUUGUUUUUCAUUUGGAAAUCAUGACAUAUCAAUAGCAGUUAGAGUUAUAUUUCAAAUAUAUUUUGUUCAGCACAAUCCUCUUGCAUGAUAAAUAUUGCCUCGCUUGCACUCACAUUUUGCACAGUGUUUUCUAUAAGUCAUAAAUAGUCAAGAUUUUUGUUUCCAUAUCGGUUGUACUUAAGUGCAUGGUAGCUGAACAGGAUUUCUUCGUUAAUCUAUAUUGCAUCUUCAUCUCAUCUUGCAAUUGAUAAAAGUCUCAUCUAAAAUGCACACAAUUUGACACCUAGUGUAUAGACUAAUGAGGUCUCCAUGACAUCAUUGUUAGAUUUUUAGGCGCAGUAAGGUGUGAAUUUAUAAUCGUAACCGUCUUUGAUGAAGAUUAAAUGUUUUCAUUUUGUAACAUGCAGGUGAUGUAAAUGUUUGCACAAAAUCUGUAACUCUCUUACAGGUGUCUCUGUGUAUCAUUUACAUGGUAGUUCAAUAAAAACAAAGAAUCAAAAUUAA